AUGGAUAUGUCUGGCAUGACCACCACCUCUUCCAUGUCGAUGGCGACAGCUACAACAACAGCGAUGUCCAUGGCUACGACCUCCAGCUCCUCGAUGGACAUGGACUCGAGCAUGACCAUGUACAUGUCAGAGAUGUCAAUGACAUUCUUCACCUCGUUCAAAACCCCGCUCUAUUCCGAAGACUGGACUCCUACAUCAAAGGGCACCUACGCCGGUACCUGCAUCUUUUUGAUUGCUCUCGCUGUGAUAUUGCGCGUCCUCAUCGCCGUGCGGCCAGUCCUCGAGGGUCGCCUGUGGACCGACGGUAUCAGUCAUGCGAGUGAACCUCUGAUCGGGGAGCAUGAUCAUCAAAAACAUAUGUCCGGCACACAAAAGAGCAUGAAAGAAAUCGGACGGAGAUGGUCCCGAUGGCGUGCGAAUCCCGCCGCAGGCCGUGCAACCUUUGAAUUGAUCCUUGCUGGUGUUGCCUACCUCUUGAUGUUGGCAAUUAUGACUAUGAAUGUUGGAUAUUUCCUCUCGGUACUUGGUGGAAUUUGGCUUGGCACAUUCAUUAUGGGCAGCGUUGCCGCCGACAGCUCUUGGAUGCAUUGCUGA